UAUAUACAUUCAUGAUUUGAAGUAUAUGAGCGGUUCUUUUCUGUUUUAAAUAAAGCUCGAACGUCAUUAAACUUUUUGUUAAGCCGACAAAUUUAUCGUACUGUAGCUUGUGUGAGACAUUUCAAUGUUGCGAGAGUCAAUUAAUUUGUACUGUGCUUCUUUAUUCAACUUCUAGGAAUAAAUUUCCACUGAUUUCUGAUUUUUUUCCUGCUAUAUUUUCCUCCUCAAUCUGAAAAAAAACAAUCAACUUUAAAAUUUGACGUCAAUGUUGAUACAUAAAUCAUAAAUUAUCUUGAAUUAAAGUUCGAUUUUAAAUAUUUCCACUGACGGGCGUUUUACCCAGUGACUAAGUCUCUUCGGUCAUAAUUUUGAACUGCAAACAUACCCUUUACAUUUAUCAUUCAAAACAAAGUCUCCGAUAAUUAAGAUUAGACUUAUUUGAAACCAAUAGUUCAAACUCCCAUUCAAACUUCAUAAAUUGAAACUCAUUACCCCAUAUCAGCGAUUACCAAUUUCAUUGAGUAUGAAUUGCAGAAACAUUUACAGGUUUGGUUGAACUUAAGCUUGCAAUUUGGAGCUAAAGUUUUCGUCUUUACAAGGUUUGAUAAGUUUUGACAUUUUUGUCUAAAAUGGAGAAUAUAUCUUCAAAUCCUUACGUGGAAGGUGGACUUUUAUAUGUGGAGUCUUCUCUGAAAGUUGUGGAAGACAAAUUAUCGAGUUACGAGAGAUGGCAAGUUGCCGUGGCUACGUGUUUGAUGUCAGUUCUGGUCACCUACAUUUACUGCUGGAUCACUCAGUUCAUAAGAGAGGGUUACGAAGUUUCGUCCGUUCGAGUGACAAAAUGGAUGUUCAAAACACUCAGAAGUCUUCCUAUCGUCAAAGGAAAGGUGAAGGAGAAGAUAGAAGAAGUGAGACAUGACAUCAACACGACCUCCUUCCGACUGAAGACAGACAUGGUGUACAUGACUGAACUACCCAAGGGGGGCAUGACUGUUGACCAGGUCAUGGACAAACUCAAACACUACAACACACUUGACGAGCACGUGGACAAGAAGCUGUCGGGCCAAGUGUAUCAAAACAACGAGGAAAUAGUCGACCUCACUGCUAAGGUGUUCCGACUGCAUGGCUACACGAAUCCCUUGCACGCUGAUGUGUUCCAGGACAUCAGGAAGAUAGAGGCGGAGACUGCCAAAUUCGUCUGCAGUAUGUUCCAUGGAGACGAAGAGAGCCACGGAGUGAUCACGACAGGUGGGAGUGAGAGUCUCUUAUUGGCAGUUCUUGCGGCGAGGAACAGAGCCUACGACAGGGGUAUCCGGUAUCCAGAACUGGUGAUGUCUGUCACUGCACACGCAGCCCUGGACAAAGCUUGCUUCUACUUCCGAGUGAAAGCUGUACAUGUUCCAAUAAAUAGCAAAACAUUCAAACUGGAUUUUGCCAAGAUGAAGAGAGCUGUGAAUAAAAACACGUGUUUGAUAGUUGGUUCCUUUCCCGAGUUUCCAUAUGGUCUCAUGGAUCCCAUUGAGAAGAUAGCGGCGCUGGGCGUGGCCCGGGACAUCCCAGUGCACGUGGACGCCUGUCUGGGUGGGUUUGUGGUGGCCUUUAUGGCCCAAAGUGGACUAGAGUUGCCUCCUUUCGACUUCGCUGUGCCAGGAGUCAUGAGCAUAUCUUGCGACAAUCACAAGUAUGGAUUCGCUCCCAAAGGCACAUCCGCUCUAGUGUUCCGCAGUCCAGAGUACAUGCAGUGUAUGUACUUCUCACAGCCAGACUGGCCAGGUGGAAUCUAUGCAACCCCCACCACAGGGGGGAGCAGGAGCGGUGGAAUCAUAGCCACUGCAUGGGCCACCAUGCUCUAUAUGGGGGAGGAGGGGUACACUAAGACAGCCGCACAAGUGGUACACACAACCAGGGCACUCGCCAAGGGCAUAUCUGAGACUCCUGGACUUUGUGUGAUGGGAGACCCGCAGAUCUGUGUGGUAUCGUGGACCUCGUACCAGUUUGACAUUUGGAGACAGUUCGAACUACUAACCAAGAGGAAAUGGUUCUUAGGCACCACCCAGUUCCCAGGAGGGAUCCACUUCACAGUGACUAUGAAGCACGUGGAGCAGGAGUGGCUGGACUCAUUCCUCAAGGACAUCCGGGAGACAGCCGAGAUAUGCAUGCAAUCGCCAGAGGAAAAGGCCAACGGACAGGCAGCAAUGUAUGGAAUGUCUCAGACAAUUCCCGACAGAUCCCUGAUCAAAGAGAUGACAUACAUGUUCUGGGACAGAUACUACAGCACUGCAACUGACUAACGACAGGGCAGAGAAAGCAAAGAAAAACCGAAACAAAAGAGCAAAAAAGACAUUUUUUUUGUUAUCCUUCAAAAUGAAAAUUUAUUAUCUACCAGAAUUAAAAUCGAUCCGGGUUGA